CAAGGAUAUAGGGGCUUGGAGGGGUGUGAAAACCAGUCGUGGAUCGUUGGAGUGUCCGAAGGUAUCUUUAGUCCUGCAAUACACUUCGAAGGCUACGUUACCCUGUCACGCCACACACACACUGCUCGAGCAUUCUCACUGGACAGACAUUCAGUCAAUAUGACUGCACAUCACGUAAUCCGCCUAUUCAUGCUCUCCAUGAGCAUCUGCAUGAUAUUCGGAGUCACCAUGGGAUCUGCUUUACCAGAGCCAGAAAGUCCUGAAGAAGAAACCAGUGUUUUCCUGGGUGGGACUGCAGAUGAAGAACCCUCCACAAGACUACAACAGCAAGCUGAAGAUAACGCAAGUGCCAUACGAAGGCUAGCAGAAGUUAUGAAAAACAUGGUCACAGUCACAGCAAAUCAACGCUGUUUAGGCACAGGAACUUCUGCACAACAACUGACAGAUUCAAUAAAGGAAGGAUUCUCCGUCCUAGUUGGAGCAGUCCAAGACCUAAACAACACCAUGCGCCAUUUCAAAGAUGACUUCAGUAAAACGACGAAAGCACUGAAUGCAUUCGAAGACGAUGGCCCAUGCCCCGCGCCAUUCUUCCUAGCAGGCGAGGACUGUCUUUACGUUGAAACCGAGACCAUGCGCUACUUUGACGCCGCCCGUCAAGCCUGCCUCGAAAUGGGAGCAAAGCUCGCUGAAUUCACGACUUUUGACCACUUCAUUUCUGCAGUAGCGGCAAUGGAUAUGCACGAGGACGCAGAGAUUUACAUUGGUGGCAGCGACCGAGAGAGAGAGGGUACAUGGAAGUGGCUUUCCGGGGAGAGCAUGCGCAGGAUCCCCUGGGGGAGCGGAGAGCCAAAUAACCUUUACCUGGAGGACUGCAUAGCCCUGAAAGCCAGCUGGGGAAAAUUUAACGAUAUCAAAUGCUCGUUAAGGAGAGAAUACGUAUGCAAAUGGCAACGCUAAAGGCACUCGAAAAUCCCUUCACUUCACACAGCGUCAGGACAAGGAAAUUCCACAAUCUAGAAAAUCAAACGUGGCAACAAUUUAGCUUCAUGACCUUACUUCUGUUCUCUUCCGUGAUUUUCCAAUACAUUUUCUAAAUGAAGAGACUAACCGUAGAAUACGAUGCUUCUUCAACCCUUCCAGUGCUGUCUGUUUUAUUCUUGUCAACUGUUUUUAUGAUGAGACUCCAAACAAACUUGUUACAUUCAAGACAACCAUACGAUGUAAUCAAGGCCUGCCUUAUGCACAAAACACAUUUUAGUGAAGGCUCUGAUUUGGUCAACUUUAUGGCUUGUAUAAAUUUUGUAACAAAGGUGUCAGCAGUUGUGAUCUAAGUACCAAAUUUGCCUGUUCCACAGGAAUUCUUCUGGUGUCUUUUGUUGUUUUGUUAGCGAAUGAUUGUUGGCCCACAAUUUAAAAUAUGAUAACAUGCAGAUGACAAUUUUUGGUCUUCCAAAAAGGUAAAAUGAAAUAGUUUGUAGCCAGAACAGAUCUAAAAUGGAUCAGCAGUGCCAUAGUCAGUGAUGUAAGAACCUAAAUUUAAGUGAAAAAUAUUACUUUAUGAAUUAGCUGCCUCCUGAUUCUCUGGAGAGAAGAAUCGCUGAACUCGGAUUCUGGUGUUGCCUUCAACUGUCAAAAGGCUCUUUGUAUCACUUAACAUCUCAAAAGGUGGGGUAACCUCUAUUUUGACCUACUAAAAUAAUAUAGUUUCCAAAUGUA